AUGGCAGGCAGAAUUCUUCCUGUUGCGCUCGCUGUGAUAUGCGGUGUAUCAAUAGGCGUGGCCACUUUUGAUGGCGAACUAAAGCAGCAACAGAGGAAAAGACUCGAAGAAGAGUACAAACGGGAUCUAGCGGCCUUGAAAGGGGAUUCCGCAUCAAAAGGUACUGAUGGUUCUACCUCACAACCAGAUCAGAAAUCUUCUCAAGCUCCCGUCAUCCCUGAAAACAGUCAAGGGAAAAGUCGUGAUCUACUCGGCCUGUGGGCAUGGAAAACAAAGGGAACUAGUGAGGCCCAUGUAGAGAGUUCGCAUGCACCAAACUCAACAGAUGAUACAACCCGACGUUGA